AUAAAAUAAAUGUUAUAAUCAAUAAAUUAACAUCAAAUAAGCUUUAUAAUUAAAAUUUUAUCAAAUAAGUAUAUAUCACAAAUUUAAUCCAACAAACUAAAGAUGUUUUAUUAAAACCUCGUAAUGAUACAUAUUGAAGUAAUUAAAUACAAAUAUUUUAGAUAAUUUUCCUACUUAAUAAAAUAAUUUAUUAUGUAUGUUUAAAUAACCAAAAAUAAAAAUGUUAAAACAUUACUUAUAUAAUAAUGUUAAAAUAUAUUGAUAUUAAAAAUUAGAUUUUUUUUUAAAGAUACUUUCGCUCUUUUAAUCGUGGGUUAUAGUCUAGUAUCUUUUAAAACAUAACAAUUUAAUGCUGAAUUUUAUGAAAUUAUAACAUAAAGUGAUUAAUGAACAAACGUCUUAUCAAUUGAUUAUGCUUCCUCAAAGUACCAUGUUCAUUGCCCGAUAAAAUCAUCUCUCAUUCAUUGAUACCACUCAAACAUCUACCAAUAUCAAAAGCAAAAGAAAAUAUGGCAAAGUCUCUUCACAUUGCAAUGUUUGUAUCUAUAGUAAUGUUCUUCACGUCAAAUUCGAUUUCUUCCCAGGAAAUUGAUCAAUAUUCACAAGAGGCACCAGGAGAUGUGAAGAUAUCUCCCACAUCGGAUUUUGAUAUUUACGUCGAAUAUCCUGAUGAGUCUUCAUUUAAAGAAGCCGAUUCACCUGCACUGGAAGCUGAGAUGAAGUUUGAACAUCAUUACACGGACAAACAGUUCGGUUUUCUUGAGGUUUGCGCUCAAAAGCUGAGCUCAUCACACUGUGGAGAUGAUCUUUUCAAGAACAUGGUAGGUGAGGGAACGCCAAUAUUGUUAGCUGAAUGUUGUGCUGAGCUACUAAAGAUUGGAAAAGAUUGUUAUCUAGGAACGGCUCAAGUCAUUUUAUCGACUUACGAGUAUAGAAAUAUUGCGUCUAAGGCUAUUCCGAAAAGCAAACAGACAUGGAAUGAUUGUGUUCGUCUAACUGAGAAUUGAAACUCAGAUGGGCAGUUUGAUCGUUAUUGAGGAACUAAACUAAUUGAUAUUCCAUUGUGCUGAUGUUUUAUAUAUGCGAUUAUGUAACUCACGCGUUAUGACAGUUACCAUUAUAUAAAUAAAGUUAAAGAUCUUGUUACAGAUCUUAUAUUAGUAUACGUGACUCGUUGGAAUAAUAUGCAAGAAUCAACGAUCAACAUGGAUUGUAUUAUUUUUAGGUAUCUUUAACGGAUAUAUACAUAUCUAGGGUAUCAUAAAUAUCUUGAUUCCUGGCAACGUAAUUACAUAUAUCUAUGAGCUCUCCGCUCCAAAUCACACAACCGACCCACCAUUCUGGAUAUUCGUAUCCGCAAACCCGAUACAAUUACUAAUGCACUUCUCCUUGCAUUCCUUCAACCCGAUUCUCCUAACACUAUUCUACUAUAUGUGUUCCCAAACAACACAAUAAGUUAUUGUCAAUAACUAAUCUUAUGUCCAAACAAUAUAAAACAUUAGGUCCAGUCUUUUUAAUAACUUUUUAUUUAUCUUUUUAAAUUAUUUGAUUUAAAACCACUCAAAUAAUUUAUACGAAGUUGAAAAUAACUAUAACUAUUUUUGCGGGUUUAGAUACUACAGAAAAGCAUUUAACAUGAAAUUAAUCGAAUUCCUUUAAACUUAAUAAAUAUUAGAUUUUUUUUUUGACAACAAGAAAUUCACAGUCUCAUAUAGACUUUGUGAACCAAAUCGGCAAGUCCACAUCCGUGUGAACGACGAAAGAAGGCUGUCUUCUAGCACUGCGUGCUAAAAUAUCUGCUCUUCGAUUCUCCGUACGAGGUACAUGAACAAUAUCUGAGUUGUGGAAACUCCUUCGUAGAAGUUUGAUAUCUUCCAGAUAACUUCCAAAUGUUGGCCAUUCUUCUGGUUCCGAAACCAUCUUCACCAAUUGAGAACAAUUCGUUGCAAAUGUAACCUGAAACUGUCUUAAACUCUUCAUACACUCCAUUGCCCAAAUUAAAGCUUCCAUCUCCGAAUGAAGAGGUGAAAGACCUGCCCUUACAUUCCUUGCUCCUAAUAAACCAUCAAAUCCCGGUAAGGUGCUAUACCAUCCUUGUCCCGAGAAUAAUUCCUUAUCUUUCAAAGAACCAUCUAUAAAGCACCAACGUCCUGGAAUUUGUAUCAUGGGUCUAACCUGGACCUGUUGGUUCCUCUUCUGAUGAUUGAGUUCAUGUGCCUCGGCCAAAAGAGCUGAUUCCAAUUAUGCCAAUUUAAGUGUUUCUGUUGGAUCAAUAUCCAGAUUACUAAACACUUUAUUAUUCCGAGCUUUCCAGAUAUACCAUAUUAUCCAUGCAAAUUGGUGAUCAUCCAUCUUAGGAUUCACUCUCCAAAAAAGAUGAUCCAUAUUACCAAAGAGAGAACUGAUGGGAAACAUAUUGGGAUUCGAUGGUAUCUUAGAUAAUGCUCACACUUGACGUGCUGGAGGGCAUUCGAAAAACACAUGGUUUAUCAAAUAAGUAUAUAUCAAAUAUUUAAUCCAACAAAUUAAAGAUGUUUUCUUAAAACCUCCUAAUGAUAUAGGUUGAAGUAAUUAAAAACAAAAUUAAGUAAAUGUUAGAUAAUUUUCCUAUUUAAUAAAAUAAUCUAAUUAUGUGUUUAGAAAUACACUAAUAUAAAAAUGUUAAAACAUUACUUAUAAAGAAAAUGUUAAAAUGUAUUGAUAUUAUAAAUUAGAUUUUUUUAAAGAUAUUUUUGCGCUUUUAAUCGUUGGUUAUAGUCUAGAAUAUUUUAAAAUGUAACUAUUAAAUGCUGAAUUUUAUGAAGUUAUAACAUAAAGUGAUUAAUGAACAAAAGUCUUAUCAAUUAAUUAUGCUUCCGCAAAGCACCAUGUUCAUUGCCCUAUAAAAUCAUCUCUCGUUCACUGAUACCAAUCAAAC